AUGAGCGGUCAAAUUGAGGUUCUCACUAUUUGCUUUUUAAGAAAACACAAAGCUGUGAUGAAUAUUAGAAACCUAUCUAAAGCCACUAAUUGGAAAUAUCCCAUAUUUUAUACUGGUUGUAUUCUUUUUACUUGCUCGAUUGCAUUUUCAGUAUUUAUGAGUGGCCUCUACCCAGAAGUUGCUCCGAAUUUUCGUGCUCUUCGUGAAUUUCACUAUUAUAUUUUGAACAAUUGGUUGAUUACAUUUUUCGUUCUAACCACUAUUGGGACUGCAAAAGCUACAGUAAUCGUGUCAAUUUUAGUUCUGCGAAUGUACAAAACAUUGAAUGAUAAUGCGAGCCAAAUUUCCAGUAAAACACUUGCAAAACAUAAAACUGCAUUGAAGAGCUUGAUUAUGCAGUUUAUGACCACCCCAAUUUCCUUCUUCCCAGCGUUUGUUGUUCUUCUCACAGUUUUAAUCCCAACCGAAUAUUCGCAAAAAAUUUCCUGGUGGUCCCUUAUGGUUGGUACUACUCAUUCGACUCUAAACUCUAUUGUUGUUAUCAUAACAUAUGCUGAACUUCGAAAGGCUUUGUUCUUCUGGAGAAGGAAUGCUAAAAAUGUUCAAUUGAAAUGUUUCAGGGUGUCGAUUCUAGUUUCAUCUGUAAGGCCUUCUGGAGUUCAACGAAGAUCUUAA